CAUCAUUACUUACCUCCGUAAAGCCACUAUUAAAUAAUAAUAAUACCACUUAACAUUAAUCUCCUAAUACUACCACUAUAUACUAUAGUUAUUUUAAAUUUUAUUAGCAUAUUAACAAGGAUUGAACUUUGAAGGACUUGAGUCUUCCAUUGGUUUGUGUUACUCAGUGGGAUAUGGAGGAACGCUAUGAGCCAAUCAAGGACCUUGGUUCUGGAAAUUUCGGAGUUGCUAGGUUGGCUAAAGACAAGAAAACAGGGGAGCUUGUUGCUGUUAAAUACAUUCAAAGGGGUAAAAAGAUUGAUGAGAAUGUUCAAAGGGAGAUAAUUAACCACCGAUCUCUAAGGCACCCUAACAUUAUCAGGUUCAAAGAGGUGUUUCUCACUCCAACUCAUUUAGCUAUUGUUCUGGAAUAUGCUGCUGGUGGUGAACUCUUUGGGAGGAUUUGCACAGCUGGUCGAUUUAGCGAAGAUGAGGCAAGAUUUUUCUUCCAGCAACUCAUAUCUGGAGUUAGCUACUGUCAUUCAAUGCAAAUUUGUCAUAGAGAUCUGAAACUGGAAAACACUCUCUUGGACGGUAAUCCAGCACCUCGACUUAAGAUUUGUGACUUCGGUUUCUCCAAGUCUGCAUUGCUGCAUUCGCAGCCUAAGUCAACAGUUGGAACACCAGCAUAUAUUGCUCCAGAGGUUUUGUCUCGAAAGGAGUAUGAUGGAAAGAUUGCAGAUGUUUGGUCAUGUGGGGUGACUCUGUAUGUAAUGUUAGUUGGAGCAUACCCAUUUGAAGAUCCAGAAGAUCCUAGAGACUUCAGAAAGACUAUUGGGAGAAUAAUGAGCGUGCAGUAUUCUAUACCUGAUUAUGUGCGUCUUUCUUCAGAGUGUAGGCAUCUUCUCACUUGCAUUUUUGUUGCCAAUCCAGCCAAGAGGAUUACUAUUCCGGAGAUAAAACAGCACACAUGGUUCUUGAAGAACUUGCCUAGAGAGAUAAUUGAGGCUGAUAGAAGAAUCAAUGAAGAAAGUGGGAAGGAGGAGCCACCAAGCCAAAGUGUUGAAGAAAUCAUGUGUAUAGUCAAAGAGGCAAGGAAACCAUAUCCAGGAUUAAAAUUGGAUUCUGAAGAUGCUGAAGUUAAAGAGGGACUUAAUGUUACUGAAGACUCUAAAAAACCUCUUUCAUCCUUAACUUAAUUGUUACUGUCUUUAAUUUCUCUUGAUUUAGGGUUGUGUUUUAUAAGUCAAUAUAAUAAUUACUAAUUACUAUAUGAAUUGAAUUUUGUGAUGCUAAAAAUGUCAAUGUUGUAACAAAAAAAAUUAACAUAUUAGAAUGCUUGAUUAAUCGAGCUAUUAUUCAGCUUACGGUAUUUUGCUUUGUUGAAA